AUGGCGUUUGCACAGCUUCUUCUCGCUGAGAAUCUGAUGAUACACGCCAGUGAAUCAGAAGAAAAGGUUUACGAAAUUCAGCAACAGCUGAUAUUUGAACUGAGACGAAAUGUGGAAAUGCAGCUCAAGAGAAGCCUAGAAGUGGAAACUCUGCCUAAAUUCGCAGAUAAGAAAGUUGCAAAACAAAAUAAGCUUGAAAAUAUCGAUGGGAACUGGUUCUUGUCUAAGCUUGGUCUUAACCUGAAUAAAACUCAGGCAUAUUUAAUGACUCUAUGGCAACAUCUUAGCCCAACUCUUCAAAAGGUUUUGACACCUGCUCUCAUUAAAGGAUUCGACGUCUCAUAUUCUUAUCUUGAGAUCUAUGGGAAGUGGUUCUUGUCUAAGCUUGGUCUUAACCUGAAUAAAACACAGACAUAUCUAAUGACUCUGUGGCAACAACAUCUUAGCCUAGCUCUCGAAAAGAAAUGGAUUCCAAGCAUCAAAGACGCAAGUUUAACCACUUAUCUCGAACGAAAGCUUCAUUAUUUAAGUGACAAGUCCAUUGAGGUGUUAUAUACGGCUAUGCGGGUUUUGACACCUGAUCUCAUUCAAGAAUUCGACGUUUCAUAUUACUAUCUUCAGGUAAACCGAGUUAUGACCAUAGCGAAACUACAUCUAAAGAAAGGUACAAGUUUCCUUAGAGUCAUGUACAGAAAACGUAAGGCGUGGCUUCAAGAAGUUGGUUAA